AAACAUACUACAAAUCAUAUACACUGCCAUCCUGAUACUAAUUUCAAGACUGAUGAACCUAAAGAAGACAAUAACAAAACAGAAAUUAAAAGAAAGUCAUCUACAAAAGAACAAACUACAAGUUACAUACCACAUUAUUAUCCUGAUGCUAAUUUAAAGACUGGCAAAUCUAAAGAAAACAAUAACAAAGUUAGUAAACAGAAAUCAAAAAAAAGUAAGCCUAAAGAAGACAAUAACAAAGUUAGUGUACAAGAAUUAAAAAAAAAACUACACACAGAAUAA